AUGGCAUCUGUUGGGCGGUAUAAGGCACUGGUUGAUCUACGCCAGUCCAAGGACGCCAAAGGAAUCUCACUUGCGGGGUUCGUAAGCUGGUUGGUGUGGCGCUCUGCUUACCUGACGCGAGUUUUGAGCUGGAGGAACAGGUUUUAUGUGGCUGUGAACUGGGCAACCACACUAGUCUUCGGUAGGGAUAACACAAGGAUAGGGUGA